AUGGUUUAUAAAUUCAACCGAAAUAAAACCAAGAGAGACUUGGAAGAUAGAAUUAAUGAAUUAGAAAAAAGUAAAGAGAAAUGCGACGAAGAAAAUCAAUUAUUAUUUUCAUUUUUGUUUAAUGAAUUAGGUGGAAAGAUUAACGUGCAUGAACAAGAAGCUAAAGCCAAACAAGAAACGAUCAAUUAUUUAGAAGAAAUUGUUAGAGACCAAGGAGAAGAAGCAAAAGUCAAGCAAGUAACUAUCAAUUCUUUAGAAGAAAAGUUUAAAGAGCGAGAAGAACAAACCAAAGAAACCAUUAAAGUGCGAAAUGAACAUAAAGCUCAGCAAGAAUCUAUUAGCCAUUUAGAAGAAAAGAUUAGGGAGCUAGAAGAAUUAACCGAAGCCAAAGCACAAACUAUUUAUGCUUUAGAAGAGCGAGAGAAAGAAGCCAAAGCCAAGCAAGUUACUAUUAAUUGUUUAGAGGAAAAGAUUAAAGAGCGAGAACAAGGAACAAUUAGUAAUUUAGAAGAAAAGAUUAGAAAACAAGAAGAAGCUAUCGAAAUCAGAGCAAACACUUUUUAUGCUUUAGAAGAAAAGAUCAAAGAGCAAGAAGAUGAAGCCAAAGCGAAGCAAUUGACUAUUAAUUAUUUAGAGGAAAAGAUGGAAAAGAUUACAGUGCAAGAAGUAGAAACAAAAACUAAACAAGAUAUUAUUAACAAUUUAAAAGAAAAGAUUGAGGAACGAGAUGAAGAAAUUAACGCAAAUCAAAAAAUUAUUAACAACUUAGAAGAAAUAAUUAAACAACAAGCUGAAGCCAAGCAAGAAACAGUUAGUAAUUUAGAAGAAAAGAUUAGAAAGCAAGAAGAAGUAAUCGAAUCUAGAGCAAACAAGUUUAAUGCUUUAGGAGAAAAGAUUAAAGAACGAGAAGAAGAAGCCAAAGUCAAGCAAUCCACUAUUAAUUAUUUAGAGGAAAAGAUUAAAGAGCGAGAAGUAGAAACAAAAAUCAACCAAGAUAUUAUUAACGAUUUAAAAGAAAAGAUUGGGGAACGAGAUGAAGAAUUUAGCGCAAAUCAAAAAAUUAUUAACAACUUAGAAGAAACGAUUAAAGAAAAAGAAGAUGUAAGCGAAGCCAAGCAAGAAACAAUUGAUAAGUUGAAAGAAAUGGUUAAAGAACAAGAAGAAUCAUCUAAAGCAAAUCAUGUAACUAUUAAUUAUUUAGAAGAAAAGCUUAAAGCGCAAGAAGUGGAAACUACAGCCAUGCAAGAAAUAAUUAGUAAUUUAGAAGAAAAGAUUAUAGAAGUUAAGGAUAUGAGAGAAGUAAUUUAUGAUUUAAAACAAAGGAUCAGUGUUCGAGAUGAUGAAAUCAGCGCUAAGCAAAAUACCAUUAACAGCCUAAAAGAAAAGAUUAGAGUACAAGAAGAAUUAAGCGAAUCCAUGCAAGAAACAAUUAUUAAUUUAGAAGAGAAUGUUAAAGAACAAGAAGAAAUGGCCAAAGCUACGCAAGUAACUAUUAAUUAUUUAGGGGAAAAGGUUGAAGAUCAAGAAAAAGAAAUUAGAGCCAAGCAAGAAAUAAUUAGUAAUUUAGAAAAAAAGUUAAUAGAACGAGAAGAAGAAGUCAAAGCCAUUAAAGAAGUAAUUUGUGAUUUAAAACAAAAGAAAGGAGAUCGAGAUGAAGCCAAGCAAAAUACUAUUAAUAACGUAAAAGAAAUGUUUAGAGAAGAAGAAGAAGUAACCGAAGCCGAGCAAUUGACAAUUCGCAAUUUAGAAGAAAAGAUUAUGGAGCAAGAAGAAGAAGCCAAAGCCAUGAAAGAAGUAAUUUAUGACUUGAAUCUAAAGAACGUUGUUCAAAAUGAAGAAAUUAACACAAAUAAAAAAACGAUAAACAGCUUAAAAGAAAAGAUUAAUACACAAGAAGAAAUAAUCGAAGCCAUGCAAGCGUCAGUUAUUAAUUUAGAAGAAGGGCAUGAAGAAGAGUCUGAAGCCAAAACAAAAACUAUUAAAAUUUUAGAAGAAGAGAUUAGAAAACGAGAAGGAUUAACCAGUACCAAGCAAAAAACUAUCAAUGUUUUGAAGCAAAAAGUUAAAGAGCGAGAAGAAGAAGCCAAAACCAAGCAAAAUACCAUUAUCGAUUUAAGAGAAAUGAUCGAAAAACGAGAUGAAGAAAUCAAGGCCAAACAAAAAACUAUUUUUAACUUAAAAUUGAUGAUUCAAAAUACUUUUGCAGAAUUACGAAUGAAAAAUGAUAAGAAUUCAGAGUUGCGAAA